AUGGUGAGUAAAACAGUUGUCAGGAUGAUGAUCACUACCUUUCGCUUGCUUCUGCUUAUGGAGGCAAGCAGCAGCAGUUCAAAUGCAAUCCCUGACGUGGCAGCAGCUGCCACGUUGAACAGUCAGCCGAUGAAAAUCAAUUACACUGAAAUCGCCACAAAAAACAGGGGAGGUGGAGGGAGCUUCUGGUGGGGAUGGGGUGGCGACGGAGGAGGGUAUGGAUGGGGUGGAGGUCGCGGUGGGUCGUAA